CAACAAAAAGAGGAAGAAAGAGCAAGGAAAGAAGCUGAGAGGCUUGCCGAAGAGCAAGCAUUACGUGCAGAGCGAGAAAAAAAAGCUGAAGAAGAACGUAAAAAACGUGAAGAAGAGCGUCUUCGAAAAGAGGCGGAGCGAAGAGCAAAGGAAGAAGAACGCUUAAAAAAAGAGGAGGAAAAAAGGAGAAGGGCAAAGGAGGAAAAGGAAAAGGAGGAACGUAGGAGAAAAGAACAAGAGGCAAAAGAACGUAAAGAGCGAGAGGAGAAAGAACGUAAAGAUAGAGAAGAGAAAGCUCGUAAGGAAAAAGAGGAGAAAGAGCGGCGUCAACGUGAUGAACGUGAUAGAAAAGAGCGUGAGGCAAAAGAACGAAGAGAGCGUGAGGCAAGAGAACGAAAAGAGAAGGAAGAAAAUGAACGUAAAGAGAGAGAAUUAAAAGAGCAAGAGAAAGUUCGUAAAGAAAAAGAAGAAAAGGAGCGUAGAGAGCGAGAAGAAAAAGAGAGAAAAGAUAAAGAAGAAAAAGAACAGAGGUCUGUUAUUUUACCCUCUACACGGCAGCAUGUUGAGCGAAAACGCACUAUUCCACCAAUAGGUCAACCUUCUAUACAACAGUCACAACCACCAAUAAAUAAUCAACCAGCUGUACAAUCUAAAAAUGUUGUUACAAUGUCUAACGGAUGGAUUAAUAAUUAUACAUCACACGAAUCACAUCAAAAUAUUCCUCCACAUCAUGCUAUAAAUCAACCUCAUCACAUGCCCCCACCCCCAAAUCAUCCACCACAUCCAAUAUUUAGUCAGAAUGGGCCACAACCUCAAUUUGGAGGACAACCUGGAGGGAUUAUAAAUGGUCCAGUAGGAAUUAAUAAUGAGAUCGUAAAUGAUGUAUAUACGAACAAUAAAAAAAUACUUAAUCAACCACCACCACAACAGCCAACAAACACUUUACCAGGGAUGAAUCCUGCAUCUUCGCUGUUCACUACGGGAUUAGGCCCAAUUGGUAUGGGUGUCCAUCCACAUCAUGGUGGACCUCCGAUGCCAAUGCACCCUCAUCACCCAGUAAUGCGACAACAGAUACCUCCUCGAGGGUUCAAUCCAAUUGGGGCAGCACCUCAUUUAGCUGGUCCUGCUGCAGGUGUUCCACCAUCAGUAGCAUCCACAAAUUUAUCUCUUCUUAAUGAACCUGUAAUUAGCGGUAAUGGAAAUAUUGGUGCUGCAGGAUUAAAUACUAACCCACCACCUGGUGCAUUUGGUGGAUUACCUUUAGGUGGAGGACAAGGACCAUUAGGCCCACAAACAUUUAAUUUGGGAACUCAGGUUGUUGGUCAACCAACAUCCUCUUCUCAUAUUGGCCCUAAUGUUGUCCAAAACGCACCAUUAGCUCCUAUCGGGCAUCGUAGGAUGUCACAACAUCCCGAUGACCCGCAUAUCAAAGCAGUGCAGCGACCACAACCGAUACAAC